AUAAAGCUCUCUUUCUCUCUGCUUUCUAGUUUGCAUCAAACAGUCGAAGCAAUUUCUUCUCUGAAUCUAUUCUUCUCGAAUUCGUCUAACAGGAAUUCUUUUUUAAGUUCUUACAGACUUCCGAUACUUCAACGCAAUAAGAAAUGUAUGAAAAUUCUGGAGGACAAUCUGGAGGGGCUCCAAGAUCAUUUAACAUACCUGACCCAUUUGAAGGAACUCAAUUUUCUGGAGCUCAACUCAUGAGAGCUGGAUUAGGUGCAUACGGAGAACAACUCUUGGGCACGAGUUCUGAGUAUGUACAAAGCAAUAUAAGCGGCAUAAGUCGGUACUUCUCUGAAUCACAAUACUACUUCCAAGUAAAUGACCGAUAUGUGAGAAACAAGUUGAAGAUUAUUCUAUUCCCAUUCUUUCACCGGGGUUACUGGACAAGGAUAACAGAACCAGUUGGUGGAAGACUCUCAUACAAACCUCCAAUUCACGAUAUAAACGCUCCUGAUUUAUACAUUCCGUUAAUGGCUUAUUUCACCUAUGUGCUUCUGGCUGGUUUCUCAUUGGGGCUUGCUGGAAAGUUCAGCCCGGAAGCUUUAAGUUCACAAUUCACAAAGGGACUGCUUGGUUGGUUCCUACAGAUUCUUCUUCUUAAGGGAUCAUUAUAUUCGAUAGGAAGCAUAGAGGCGCCACUGUUAGACAUUGUGGCAUACUCCGGGUAUCCUUUUGUAGGUAUGUGUUUGGCAGUUCUUGGUAGAAUCAUAUGGAGAUAUUCAUACUACUAUAUGAUGCUGUGGGCGUGCUUAUGCAUGGCUGUUUUUUCGGUCAAGACCAUGAAGAGAGUCCUUUUUGCAGAAGCGAGGAGUUAUGAUACAAGCAAAAAUCUAUAUCUCAUACUUUUUAUAGCACUUGCCCAGUUUCCAUAUUUCAUCUGGCUAGGCAACAUUGGGGUUUGAAUUUGUGGCUGAACAUUAAACAAUCAAGAUAACAUAAUUUUUUGCUUGUGAACAAUCCUGUCAUUGUUCAUAAUUUUGGUCUUUCUAUUGUGGUAAUAUCUUAACCACCCCAUCUCGUUCUCUGCAAAUUCUAAUGAACCGCCUAGUCUGUUAAAUGUAUAGUUUCUUG